GGGGUCCGCGCCGGCGGCGGGCGGGGCGCGGCGGGGCCCUGGAUGAGCUCCCGCGCGCUGCGGCCACCGCUCCUGCCUCUCUCCCUCCUCGUUCUGUCGUUGCAGGCGGCUCCCGGCGCUCGGGCCGCGGGAUACGAGACAUGCCCCAAGGUGCAGCCGGAUAUGCUCAACGUGCACCUUCUGGCCCACACACAUGAUGACGUGGGCUGGCUCAAGACGGUGGACCAGUACUUUUACGGCAUCCAGAAUGACAUCCAGCACGCAGGCGUGCAGUACAUCCUAGACUCGGUCAUCUCUUCCCUGCUGGAGGAGCCCACCCGCCGCUUCAUCUACGUGGAGAUCGCCUUCUUCUCCCGCUGGUGGCAUCAGCAGACAAACAGAACCCAGGAAAUAGUGCGCGACUUGGUGCGCCAGGGGCGUCUGGAGUUUGCCAACGGUGGCUGGGUGAUGAACGAUGAGGCAGCCACCCACUACGGAGCCAUCAUAGACCAGAUGACCCUAGGGCUGCGCUUCCUGGAGGACACGUUUGGCAGCGACGGGCGCCCCCGUGUCGCCUGGCACAUCGACCCCUUUGGGCAUUCCCGGGAGCAGGCCUCGCUGUUCGCGCAGAUGGGUUUCGACGGCUUCUUCUUCGGGCGCCUGGAUUAUCAAGACAAGAAGGUGCGGAUGGAGAAGCUGGAGAUGGAGCAGGUGUGGCGGGCCAGCGCCAGCCUGAAGCCCCCCGCCGCCGACCUCUUCACCAGCGUCCUCCCUAACAUGUACAACCCGCCGGAGUAUCUGUGCUGGGACACGCUGUGCGCCGACAAGCCAGUCGUGGACGACCCGCGCAGCCCCGAGUACAACGCUCAGAAGCUGGUUGAUUACUUCCUGCAGGUGGCCACUGCCCAGGGCGGGCACUACUGCGCCAACCACACCGUGAUGACCAUGGGCUCGGACUUCCAGUACGAGAAUGCAAACAUGUGGUUCAAGAACCUUGACAAGCUCAUCAAGCUAGUCAACGCCCAGCAGCAGGCCAACGGCAGCCGCGUCAAUGUUCUCUACUCCACUCCCGCCUGUUACCUCUGGGAGCUGAACAAGGCCAACCUCAGCUGGUCAGUGAAGCAGGAUGACUUCUUUCCCUACGCCGACGGCCCCCACAUGUUCUGGACCGGCUACUUUUCCAGCCGGCCAGCCCUCAAACGCUACGAGCGCCUCAGCUACAACUUCCUGCAGGUGUGCAACCAGCUGGAGGCGCUGGCGGGUCCAGCGGCCAACGUGGGACCCUAUGGCUCCGGAGACAGUGCACCCCUCAAUGAGGCAAUGGCAGUGCUCCAGCACCACGACGCCGUCAGCGGCACCUCCCGGCAGCACGUGGCCGACGACUACGCGCGCCAGCUCGCCGCCGGCUGGGGGCCCUGCGAGGUUCUCCUGAGCAAUGCGUUGGCGCGGCUCAGCGGCUCCAAGGAGGACUUCGAGUUCUGCCGCGACCUCAACAUCAGUGUUUGUCCACUCAGCCAGACGGCGGAGAGCUUCCAGGUGACCAUUUAUAACCCCCUGGGGCGGAAAGUGGAUUGGAUGGUGCGGCUGCCGGUCAGCAAACACGUUUUCCUCGUGAGGGACCCCAGUGGCACCGUUGUGCCCAGCAAUGUGGUGACACUUCCCGACUCAGACAGCCAGGAGCUGCUUUUCUCAGCCUCAGUGCCUGCCCUGGGCUUCAGCAUCUACUCAGUGAGCGGGCAGAGUGUCCGGAGGCCGCAGGCCCACACCCUCUGGGUCAGAAUCCAGAAGCCCGCGUCCCGUGUCUUGGCCAUCCAAAAUGAGUACCUCCGGGCUAGGUUUGACCCUUACACGGGGCUCCUGGUGGAGCUGGAGAACCUGGACGAGAAGCUCCUGCUGCCUGUCCGCCAAGGCUUCUACUGGUACAAUGCGAGCGAGGGCGACAACCUGAGCACUCAGGUCUCAGGCGCCUACAUCUUCAGACCCAGCCGACAGGAGCCGCUGCCUGUGGGACGCUGGGCUCAGACCCACCUGGUGAAGACGGCCUUGGUGCAGGAGGUGCACCAGAACUUCUCAGCCUGGUGUUCCCAGGUGGUGCGCCUGUACCCGGGACGGCGGCACCUGGAGCUGGAGUGGACGGUGGGCCCCAUACCUGUGGGUGAUGACUGGGGGAAGGAGAUCAUCAGUCGCUUUGACACUGCACUGAAGACAAACGGACUCUUCUAUACAGACAGCAAUGGCCGGGAGAUCCUGGAGAGGAGGCGGGAUUAUCGACCCACCUGGAAGCUGAACCAGACCGAGCCAGUGGCCGGAAACUACUAUCCAGUCAACAGCCGCAUCUACAUCACGGAUGGGAACGUGCAGCUGACCGUGCUCACUGACCGCUCCCAGGGCGGCAGCAGCCUGAGCGAUGGCUCCCUGGAGCUCAUGGUGCACCGACGGCUGCUAAAGGAUGAUGCGCGCGGAGUAGGGGAGCCGCUGCUGGAGAACGGCUUGGGGGUGUGGGUGCGAGGGCGCCACCUCGUGCUGCUGGACAAGGCCCGCACCGCGGCCGCCGGGCACCGGUUGCAGGCAGAGAAAGAGCUCCUGGCCCCGCAGGUGGUGCUGGCGCGGGGUGGCGGCGCCCCCUACCACCUCGGGGUGGCCCCGCGCACGCAGUUCUCAGGGCUGCGCAGGGAGCUGCCGCCCGUCGUGCACCUGCUCACGCUGGCCCGCUGGGGCCCGACAACGCUGCUGCUGCGCUUCGAGCACCAGUUCGCCGUAGGGGAGGACCCGGGCGGCAACCUGAGCUCCCCAGUGACCUUGGACUUGAGGGACCUGUUCUCCGCCUUCACCAUCACCUACCUGCAGGAGACCACGCUGGCGGCCAACCAGCUCUCGGCCCGCGCCUCCAGGCUCCAGUGGACACCGAACACGGGCCCCCGCCCCGGCCCUACACCUCAUCUCUCUCCCUCCCGGCUGGACCCUUCUACCAUCGAGCUGCAGCCCAUGGAAAUCCGCACCUUCCUGGCCGAGGUCCAAUGGGAAGAGGACAGCUAGACCAGACACCCUGGGGGCAGGGUCCCCCCUUCUGAGCCUGAGCCUCCGCCUCCUCUUGGUGCUGCUGCUGCCACCAAAAGCCAUUAAAAUGCCACUACCAAGA